CAAUUUAUGGGUAUAUCUCAACAGUAAACUGCAUUAAAUGCGUCAUUAUUUUUCGAAUGAGUUAUUAUUCUAAAACGACCACAGUAAAACCUAUCCAACAAAUUCAAAGUCAAAGUCCCAAGUUCCAAAUCCGCCGUUAUUUACAGUUCCAAUAGGACAAGUUAAUUACGAUUCGUUCACCACAAACAUUCCAACGCAGGCAUGCCUUUGGGACGGGACACGCGAUUUCCCUGGCCCUGGGAAAUAGGUCGCACGUCACGGCAGAUUGCUACUCGAAACCAUUAGCCCCGCACGGCACGCGACUGCUGCAAGGUUGGAAUAGUAGGAGGCGGCUGCCCGCGCUGUCCUCUGUCAGAAAACACGGUCGGCCGGUGUUUGGUCAAUACCGUCACCCCGCCAGCAGUCUGCGCGGCUCGGAACCGGCUGGGCGGCCUCAGUCGGUUCCCUGCCACCGUCCCGCCAUGAGCGCGCUCUUCCACCACACCAGCGACGUGACCGGCGGCUGCCAGUGCUGCCGUAGCGCCGGCGGCGGCCGCCCGGCGAACCUCGACUUCCCAUCACUGCCGCUAGUGGCCGGAACGGCGCCAUUGAGCCAGUACACAGUGGCAGACUGGCAUCAGACCAACCACGACAACCUGACGACAUGCGACCGCCAGCGCGCCGCCGGUGCCCAGGCCCGCUGUGCCGCGCAGAGGGCUAUCCGGGACGCAGACCGCGCGGCGGCGCAGGCGCAGCGUGAGAGCACGCAGCGGCUGGCCGAGCGCGCCGGCGCCGUCGGCCGCUGGCGUCACGAGGUGCUGCACGAGCUGGAGCUGAACUCGCAGGAGACUGAGCGGCUCGAGGAGGCCCGCCGACGUGCCGAGUGUCUCCACAACGAGCUGGCGGCGCCGCUGAGGCUCGCCGAGGACAACCGGCGCGCCCGGCAGCUGCGCACCGGCCCUGACCUAGUGCACGACCCGGUGGAGGCGGGUCUCGAGCGCGAGGCCGGUGUGCUGGUGGCUAUGCGCGAGCGGCUGUGCCGUACACUUGAUCACGUGUCCGGGUCGCUCCAGGAGCUGCGUGAGACUCGUCGUCAGCUCGAACGAGACGCGUCCGAUAAGUUUGCAGCGCUCCACCUGGACCGGAACGCGCAUGGGCUUGGAAAUGCCUCACCAGGCACGGCGCUCUACCCGGGUAUCGAACGCUGGGACCGCACUCAGAGCAAUCCUGACUCCUGGGAGGAGCACACGCGGCGUCUAGUACAGCAGUCGCAGACGGCCCGCGCCAACAGCGCCGCCGUGCGCGCGGAGGUGGAGUCAGUCACCCACGGCGCAGUCAGCGAGCACUGGCAGGCGUGGACGUCCACGAACCAGGCGCUGGCGGCGCGCGCGCAGCAGACCCAGGAGGCGCGGAACCGGAUCCAGCAGGAGCUCAGUCGUCUGACUCAGGAGAUCGCCGAGCAGGAGCGGCACCGGGCGGCGCUGCGGCGCGCGCUGGCCGCCCAGACGCCCCACCUGCGUGUGGCGCACACCCGGCUGGAGCGGCGUACCCACCGGCCCGGACUGGAGCUGUGCCGGGACCCGGCCAUGGACAGACUGCAGGGGGAGGUGCGGGAGAUCGGCGACAGCGUGCACGUGCUGCAGCGUCAGCUGUCCGAGCUGGAGACGGCGCUGGCCGGCCUCCUCCAGCAGAAGGCCAAAAUGGAGGACGAGUUGCGAGUGAAGGCCAACUCCCUGCUCAUCGACCGAGAUCAGGUGCUCGGCUCCCGACGCGCCUUCCCCGUCACGUCGAUCGUCACCAAGUGCCUCUGAGAGUCGGAGCGAUGGAGGGCGAGAUGAUGCGAGUUGAGGUCCGAGAACAGCACAGGGAGGAAGCAAGAUGGUGACAGAGAUGACGCAGGGGAGUCACACUAGAUGUGAAUUUAUUUGCUGUUAUUUGUUAUGUUGGUCAAUGUACCAGCUCAGUCAUUGACAAGCGACCAAUGAAUUGGAUAAAUACAUUGAUCCAUGUG